GGAAAUAAUGGACGAGAGUUUCCAGUUUCAGCCCGAUUACGAUCCCGAAGAGCUUCUGCUGGUCAGAGAGACAGGAUACGAGAAGUUCGUGCUUAGGUAGGUAGAAAAGGCAAGCGGGCAAACAAGAGAUGCCAUCUCUGUAGAAAGGUAGAUGUCUCCUCGCGGAGAGAGCUCGCAAUACAGUAGGGGUAGAUCACGAAUUCAAGAAAGCGAAGGAGGAGGUGGCAGCAGAAGCACGACGACGACGACGACGACAACAACAACAACGAGGACCGUGAAUAACCACGCGAAGAAUUUUUUUAAUAAGUGACCGCCGGGGGAAAACAAUUGUAUGGGCGCUAUGUCGCAGGCGGGUAUCCCAACACCGGGGCGUGUUCGACUUGUAGAUCUGCUCGCCGCGGACGGGCUUGCCUCCGACAAUUAUAAGCACGCAGUGAAUGCUCUGUCGCAGUCGCUGGCUAGAUUCAAUGUAGUGGUGAUUCAAUUACAGCCCGGGGACGAAAUUCUUCUCAGGUGCGUCCUCGAUUCCGUGCGAAUGUUCUUCCACCAGCGCCCGCCUCCGGGCCCAGACUCCGUGCACACGGACGACCCGCAAGAUUGGAACAGAACGGUGGGCUACUACUCGGAACCCCACCAUGUGAGAGAACUGUACGACUAUCGCCCGGGGCGGAGCUCCCUGGAGGCCAACAAUGGCACUGAGCUGCCGCCCGCGGGAUUGCCCGAGCUCUUCGCGGUGCUGGGCAAGGCCUCGCGCGCAAUCCUGGACGCCAUUGGCUGCUCGCUCGAAUUGCGAAGCUUCUCCUUCACGGAUUUGCUCGACAAUGUACCCCUGAAGAUCAACGAGGUGUCCACGUCCGUGCUCUCGGCGUGCUGCUAUGGCAGGCCCGGGGUGCACCACUCGGGCGUAGUGGCGCUGCCCGACCAUCCCCACAUGCCGCUCUUCGACGACCACGACCCGCAUGCAGAGAAGGGGCUGCUCACGCUCAUGAAAUCCGACAAGCCCGGGAUGCACAUCCGGGACAUGAACGGCAGGUGGAUUCUGGCCGACGGCGACCUGGGGCCUGCGGACAUGGUGCUCUACUCGGGCCUCUCGUUGUACCAGGCGACGGCGGGCUACCUCAGCCCCGCGCUGCACCGCACCGAGAUCAGCUCCCUCCACGGCCACAUGUACGGGCGCUGCUCUGUGGCCUUCAAGCUCAUGCCCCGGGCCACGGCCAUUCUGCACUGCUCGGCCAUGACGGCCGCUGGCCACGCCGUCGCCGGGCCCUUCCAGCAGCCCGUGGCCGUCCACGAGUUCAUGCAGCGCUCGCACCCCAUGGACCAGCUCGUCACCCGCCCUGGGCUUCCCAGCUUCUCCUUCCCCACCCCCACAGACGCCACACUCUUCAAUGCAGUAACGGCGAUGAAACCGGGCUCGAAGAGGAGGAAGCAGGUGUCGAGGGGCAAGCCUCUGGCCCCUUCGAAGAGGUUGCGGCUCGAGGCGCAGCGAGUGCUCAAGGACAGGGUCCAGGAGAUUGCCGACAGCAAGGGCCUCAAGAUCCGCUUCUGUAACUUCAAAGACUGCGAGGAGCAGCACCUCACCUCCAUGGACAGCCCCUGUGCCGUGAUGAGGCAAGAGAUGGGCUGGCCGCAAGGAGUGCCCUUCGUCCACCCGCACGAUUUGCCUAACAAGGCCAAGCAAGCAUUUUUAGAAGCCUAUGAGCCCGGUUGGACUGCUGCCCAGGAUGGGGAGCUGGGUCUGCUAGAGGCCGGCCAUGGGCACCACCAAAUACAUGCUUUGACAGGAGCGCCGCUUGUGGAGGACCAACGGUUUGCGGUCCGGGCUGUUUAUGAUUACCUGCGAGCCAAGGGGAAAUCUGUUCCCACUGGGAAACCGCAGGUUGUGGGUCACAAAGUAGACCUCAGUGGUCUCGCCAAGGCGUGCUUUGAUGCUGGUGGGCGUGCACAGUUUGAGGCAGAAGAGGGCUUCCAACGCUUCAUUGCAGGUCACUUUCAACUGGACAAUGCCUCUGAAAAGGAGAAGGACCGAGCAUUGGAGCGGCUCAAGAAACUCUAUGACCAAGUGUUGAAUGAUUAUGUCGAGGAUCUUGUGGCAAGCUCCCAGCUGGAUUGACUGUCAAAGUUUGUAGGAAUUUAGUCCCAUCAGUUUCUGUAGAAUCAGGAUCCAGGUUGCAUGCAAAUAUACCCCGAGAGGAAGAGAGAGAGAGAGAGCGAGCGAGCGAGCGGUAAGUCUGCUCUGUCCUGACCCAGAGUUUUAACUACCGUCGAGGUGGCAUGGCUUACUUAUACCAUAUCCACUAUGUGAUCGAGGGAGAGGAGCGAGUUUUAACAUUACCCAGAGGGCAAGAGUCUGUCCAUACUGUAGUUACAAUCUCAAUUGGCUCUUGCUGGGUCACUUCGAUUUAACUUACCAAAUAGUAACUUAGAAGAUACAGAUUUACUGUAGGAAGGCAGCCCUAGAUAGUUUACAAAAUUUUGUACAUAAAGAUCAGAUGGGUGUAAACCAUUGUUAUAAUUAAUCAUGUCAAAAAGGGGCUGGGUCUAAUGAAUAUGGCCCGGUAUUAUGGAUAGUUUAGUGAGCUAUCAGUACAGUCAGAAUUUUAAAAAUGGAUCUCUAUACGGCGCCAGGCAGUGCUCUUUAUUGAAACUGUGGAGGUUUGCUCCACUCUUGUAAUAUCCGAACCCAUAUGAAUCAAAUAUUUUGUAAAGGGACACUCUUACUUCAAACCUUUCCCCGUCUCUUCUCCUACUCCUGCACCUUCUGUCUGCUAUUGUCCCCUCACGCACCACACUCGAUUCUUUCUGCUCACGUGGUCACCUCUCUCACACACACUCUCAGAGUUCUCGCCCCUCAUGACUUCGUCCAGUGUCGUCCAGCGUCGGCCUGCAUGGACCAACCUGGCCACGUACCCGGUCCUGUGAACGGACCUUGAGUCGUGCGUGAAGUCUGGCAUACACGGGAAGCUGGUGUCAUGUGAGGUGAGCGGGAGAACGACGUGCGGUAUUGGCUUGAGGCAAAUGCCAUGCUUACAAAGAACAGUAAGCAGUGUCUGAGCCCUCGACGCCACACAGAAGUCAGAAUUCAUGUGAUCAGCUGGAUGAGCUAACACGAGUGUCAGUGCGGGCUCCUUUCAAGUGCAGACGGCGUAGGUAAAAGUAAGCAGCAGCAGCAUCAGCUCUGCAGGCAGGUGGGCGAUUUUCAGCCAACACUUGUCAGCUGGCGGCUCACUCUCGUCCCUAAAGUGAAAAAGCCAGAUUUUGUAUCGUCUCCUCCCCUCACCUCCCCUCGCACUGCCCUCCCCUGUCCUGCCCUGGCGCUUCUGACAUUCGAAUCGUUUGGGAGCGAUUUCUCGAGCAGCAGCAACAGCAGCUGCUGUCCUUUUCGCCUUCCAGUGAAACUAUCAUGUCUGACCCCAAUCAUUAUCAGAGUCACGGAGCACCUUUCUCUCUCAACCAAGUCUAAACAAAUCCAUCACCCUUAGCUCACGGUACUCUCUCUCGGAUUCACCUGAAUACAUCACGCUUCGAGAACCCGAGCUCGAGCCUUCUCCAUCUACAUCACGUACCUCGUAGCACUCAAAAGCCCAGCCCAUGCAGCGAUCUGACCGCCUCCCGGUGCUCCAUCCCCAUCACUGAGUUGACCGUUGGCGCGCCAACAUGCUCAUGCUGCUAACACAUGACAUCCAUCUCCUGUCCCAGCCUUCCCCUUCCUCACCUUACCUUACCUUACCUCACCUCACCUUACUCCGGGAGAGUGGGACUCCGGGUCACCGGAUGACCGCGCCGGAGAGUUCAUAGUUUCCAGGAGGUCGAGCUCUGUAGCACUCGGUUGUCCCUAUGGGGCUCACAGGCGCUGGAUGCUUGCUCGUGUCAUUAAGCUUUCUUCUGCAAGAGGACAUCAUUAGAGCGAUUUCUCCCCUCACAUCUGCGCAAGGUGGGUCAUUGUUCUCCAUGGCCAUGGCUUUUUGCACAGAAUUAUUCGGGCUCUUCGGUACCGAGCUGGGUGUCCAUCGCCCAGGGGGGUCUCUCCUUCCCAUUCCGGCUCCGCUCACGAGAGCGGAAGCGGACAGAGCUGGUGCACUUCAUUUAUUGCCCGGUCACCGGUAACAUGUUACGACAAAGAAUAUUAUUGCAUGCUUUGUUUUCCUCUUUCGGUGUUGAAAUAUUUGCCCCGCCUGGACAAGAUCUCCGAUUCCGUUGAUUCCCAAUUGG